UCAUCCAUGGAGGUCAAGGAGCUGCCUCCAGUCGUGCUGGCCACGCCCGUGCCCACCGCUGCAGCCGUGCCGUGCGACGACAAUCCCGAUCUCAUGGCGAUCAUCGACGAACCAGGUGUGUGGCAGGGCAGUAUCAAGAUACCUUGUUUCCCGGUUUCCUUCCACAUUCAACAAACGCAUGCGAGAGGUUCGCUGAUGGAAAGCGGAACGACCAAGCCGAUGUUAUGCGGGUGCGCCCUUGUGGACGGCACAAUUUUCGACACACUGCAAAUCUCACCGGACUUCAGCUCGAUGACACGGCAAUACAGCAACGGAGAUGCACACCAGUUCACGCUGACUAGCUUCGACAUCGGCGCCAAGACCGCUUCGUACCAAGUCACCGGAUUCAUGCAUGGCAAACCGACGGCAGGCACGAUGCUCGUCGACGGUCGCGCACACACCCGCACCGUGACGCUGACUGCGCCGCAGAGUUUCACGUACACGCUGGAGAAGGUGGCGUGAGGAUAGUUUCGCUUUCGGCCGAGGAGCCGGCCCACAUGAAUCGCGAUCCGCUGAGAGUAUCCCACACUGAACUGGACCCCUCGAUUGUCUCGCCCUCCCUCGCUGGUGUGCUCAUUGGGGGGGGUCAUAACAAUCUUGUACUACCGCCACACUAAAUCUAAAAGCCGUAUAUAGUGAGCCACUUCACUCGGGCGUCUCGGCUGACGUUGAUCGAUCUCCCUAGC